AUGCAACGGCACGAGUUUGACCUUCCCAGUGAGCUUCCCGCUGAAGACAUCAAUGAACUAUAUCACAGCCAUGGUUCGACUUCAACAACGCAGGUCGACGUUGAAGCUGACAAGGACGAGCUUGUCAGCGGGCGACAACAACAUCCUCUCGAGGCAGGGCAAGAAGAGAGCAGCAACACGAGCGAUUCAGUGGAGAAAAUAGGCGCUGCCGCGGCCACGACGCAGAUGGCACAAGGGCCCAAGGGAGCUCCAGAUGGUGGGAUGGAGGCCUGGCUCACUGUUCUGGGUGGCUUCUGCGCUAUGUUCGUCAGCUUCGGCUGGGUCAACUGCAUGGGCAUUUUCAUCGAUUAUUACAAGACACACCAGUUGCAGGACGAGUCCACCAGCACUGUGACCUGGGUCACGUCUCUGAUGACCUUCAUGAUGUUUUUUGGGGGCCCCUUCGUCGGGAUCCUCUUCGACAACUUCGGACCCCGAUACAUCGUGCUCGCCGGCACCUUCUUCCACGUCUUCGGACUCAUGAUGAUCUCCAUCUCCACGGAGUACUACCAGUUCCUGCUCGCCCAGGGCCUGUGCAGCCCGAUCGGCACCAGCGCGCUCUUCCACUGCAGCAUCAACUCCAUCAGCACCUGGUUCGGGCGGCGGCGCGCGCUCGCGCUCGGCAUCGCCACCAGCGGUGCCAGCCUAGGGGGCGUCAUCCUCCCGAUCAUGCUCACCCGGCUCUUCGACCAGCUCGACUUCGGCUGGGCGGUGCGCAUCUGCGCCUUCCUGAUCCUGUUCUGCCUGGUCAUCGCCAACUGCACCCUGACGUCGCGGCUCCAGCACCGCCGCAAGCCGUUCCACUUCCUCGACUUCGUGCGGCCCCUCCGCGAGGUCCCCUUCCUGCUCACCACCGCCGGCACCUUCUGCUUCUUCUGGGGCAUGUUCCUCCCCUUCAGCUUCAUCCCCAGCCAGGCGCAGAAGAACGGCAUGUCGGCCUCGCUGGCAUCGUACCUGAUUCCCAUCAUGAAUGCCGCUAGCACCCCAGGCCGCAUCAUCCCGCCCUACCUAGCGGACCUGUUCGGCCGCUUCAACCUGAUGAUCCUCAUGACGUUCCUGUCCGUCGUCCUCGUGCUGGGCCUCUGGCUCCCCACGCACGGCAACGUCCCCUCCAUCUGCUUCAGCGCCUUCUACGGCUUCAGCUCGGGCACCGCCGUCUCCCUAGCCCCCGCGCUCGUCGCCCAGAUCUCCGAGAUCCGCGAGAUCGGCGUCCGCAGCGGCACGUACUUCUUCCUCGUCAGCUUCGCCGCCCUGACCGGCACCCCGAUCGCGGGCGCCCUGCUCCCGGACCCCUUGCACGGGUCGUAUCUCAAGCUGAAUGUAUUCUGUGCGGUGGUGAUGGGCUCCGGGGUGGUGUUUUAUUGUUUGGCCAAGUUGUGGAUUAGUGAGGGGAGGGUGGUGAGGAAGGUUUAA